AUGUCCAAACCCGAAAUAGAAAUUAUGGACUAUGAUGCAACAAGUAAGGCCGUCAACCAAGUGACCACUGUACCAACCCCCGAGGGCCCAACUGAUAGCCAUGUGCUGUCCCAAGUUGAACAGGAUGAAAAAGGCCUGGCGCAGAAAGCCGGCGACACCGAUGAAAUUACCAAUGUCGGGUGGGGUGUUUCGCCAGACGUGAUAGAAGAGCCUCUAGUUGCUGGGUUGUCAAAUGAAGACCUAUGGAUGCUGAUCAGACGAUUCGACAAGCAAGUGUACAGAGUCAAAGCCGUCUCUGAUGCUCCUCUUCAAAAUCUGGAUCUCACACGAACCGAUGAUGAUGAAUUCUCUCCGGACAAGCUUCGGGCUACGUUGGAAAGAUUCUACAUCACCGUUGUCGUGGGCUUGACCAGCUGCGUGAAGCAUAUUGCUCGACUUCGUUCGUGGAAGGAGCCGCGACGAACGGCGAUCUUCGGCACGGUUUACCUCAUUGCAUGGCUUCUUGAUCUACUAGCGCCGACAAUACUGGCAAUUUUACUUGCCUUGGUAGUACACAAACCAUUGCGACCGCUGAUGUUUCCUCCGGCGCCAAUAGCUCUUGUGGACAAAGAUACGGGCGGGGUGCAAAAGCCAAAAGCAGGGAUUCUGGGCUCACACGACAGCAUUACUGGCGCGCCGGAGAAAUUCAAGGGUGAAGCGGCUGAACAAGAAGCAAGUAACUUGGUCGCGAGUGUUGCCAGCGUAGCUGUGGGCAGCGCGGUUGGGAAACAUGACCAAGGAGUGCCCGAUGAUGCACCCUUUGAAGACGAUGUACCCGAUGCGAUGGAUAUCGUUGCCAAUACUGCGGAUGCGCAAAGUGCCGCACAUGGAAGAAUGCCCACUGACACGCAUGACAAAACGCGACAACCUAUGCGACAGGGCGUGAUGAAUGGAGCAAACUUUGCGAUGCAGAUCGUAAGUGAUAUCACAGAUACAUAUGAGAAACUUGGAAAUGCUCUUUCGGCAACAGCUCCAUUCCCUCAGAUGAAGCCUCGUCUACGUUUAGCAGCGGUGCUAGGUCCAGCAUGUCUGCUUUCACUACUGACAUCCAGCUAUGCUCUGAUGAAGAUCUGUACACUUUUUGUUGGCUUUGCAUUCUUCGGAGACCCGGUGAUCAGACGAGGAAUCAAAUAUCUGAACCGCCAGUUCCCCAAGUGGCAGAAGUUAAUUGAAUUGCAGAAUUCUCUACUGAAAGGCAUUCCAACAAACGCCCAGUUGGCAAUUACACUUCUCCGCAUUGGUGAAGCCAAUGCAUCCCCACUACCACCUCCCCCAACAUCCCAAGAGAAAGCACCCUCGCGCCCGGCUUCAUUACAUCACGAAGAACUGACCCUCGGUGCCACUGAUGCAGAGAUCAAAGAUGCCGCAUUAGUCAAACCUGAUCAUGACCGGGAGGACACCACCGAAUCGCAUUCCGAAUCCGAGAAGAACCACCAAAAAACAUUAGCAUCACGAAUCCUUGGACUUUUCCGAGGAACGACGGCUAGCGGCGUCGAAAGCAAAAGAGGCAUUGACCGCCUCCGAGCAGCAGUUGGUUCACGGCACGCAAAGAACAGAGUCGGUGUCCUGCGCCAGAAGGGCAAGAUGAUCACGCCCAUCGGGCCAGUCUCUUUUGAUGCCCGCCACAAAGGAAAACGCGGCACAGCGGUUAUUGACUCAACGAAAGAACCUGCCCUCCUUUACUUCACGACUGAUACUCCGCAGAACGGAGAUCUAAAGCUAGAGCACCGAAAACCCGGAUCUGUUCUGUUUACAAUGCCCGUUUCUGAUAUUCAGGAGAUGAGAAAACUGGGUGGCAUGGGAUGGAAGGGGAAGUUGGUUGUUGGGUGGGCGCUUGGUAGUAAGGAGGUUGUUGAUGGGUUGCUUAUCACUGGGAAGCAACCGAAGCAGACCUAUCAGCUUACGGCUAUGGGAACGAGAAAUCAAUUAUUCAAUCGGCUUAUUGCUAUUGAUGGACAGGUUUGGGCUAGCUGUUGA